AUGGUCGGUAACGCGAGUGUUUUCUGCCGGGAGAACUGCAGUACGGAUGGUAACGUUACAGGCGGUUUCAAUAGUGCUCCGGCUUUCACCGCUGACCAGAUCGCCAGAGCCCAUUGGUUAUGGUGGAUAUGCUAUCCGGUACUGUUGGCUUGCUGCACAGUGGGCAACGGUCUCAAUCUCGUCGUUCUGAUUCGCCAGGCCAAAAAGAACAGCACCACGUCGUACAUGAUUGCCAUGGCGUUUAGUGAUCUUGUUGUACUGUGGUUAUUUUUUCCGAUAUUCUUAUGGAACAUCACUAGGACAUUUAGCCUGCCGUAUGCUACGCCGGCACACAAAAAGAUGUUGCUACAAUCUAUGGGCACUCAAGGAUGGAUACAGGAAACAUUCAUGCAUUUAUGUGACUGGGUAUUGCUCAUGUUCUCCGCUGAACGAUUAAUGGCCUUUGUCAAGCCGUUUUGGAUUAAGAAGUUGACGAGCGCAUUUUCGGCCAAUAUCAUCGUUGUCGUUCUGUUCGUGUCGUCGGUCCUUUUUAGCGUGGAGAAUUUUGUCAAUGAGCGUUAUUGUGCCGCCACAGGAUGCGGCAGCACUUACUCCGCUUACACGACAGAUGAGGGAAAACCGGCUUGGCUCGUUAAAUGGGGGGAGAUCCAGAACACCGCUGAGCUUUCCAUGAAUUUCGGCAAUUUCUUCCUUUUAUUAUUCAUCAACAGCGCACUCAUAGCAGCCAUUACCAAACAGCAUCGCCAAGACCUGGGUCGAGUCAAAUCCGAUAACGAAGAGCGCCAGAACAACCGCCGCCGGAAUAUCCAUAUUCUCCUGCUCAGCAGUGUCGUGCUGUAUCUCGUAGCACAGUUCCCGAGUUUGCUGGUUCAAGCGCUGAAGCUGGCGGACAGUGACAAUCCGGAUCUGUGGACAUUUGACGAAUCAGCGAGAAAGUUCGCCACGCCCAUCUGCAAUGUAACUCUGCUGGCUAACUACUCGGUCAACUUUUUCCUGUACUUGACCGUGAGCAAACGUUACCGCGUACAGUGCACACGGACACUGCAGACAUGCUGCGGUUGUCGUGAUAUUGCGGCGUACUUGAAUACUGAGGGCAGUGUGGGUCUUACGGGCAGCACCACAAGACGGCAGCGUAUGAUACGCUUUCUGACGUCGAAGUCUUCGAAGAGCACGUGUUCCACUUCAAUAGAAUCCAGCUCCACCAUGGAACGUGUGGCUAAACGCGAAGCCAGUCAGAAGAAGGAGCCGCUUAAAGGACCUCGGGCAGCCGUUUAAGCGCAUUCUGUAUAAAAUAAUAAAAUCAUAUUAGCCGUAAUCCGGGAUUAGUCGAAGAAAAAGCGGGAUCAUUACAUUCUGCUGUUCCCUGACACAUCGUCCGCAUCAGUGAUAAACACAUCUUAAAACGCCUUCGUCAGCAACCGACAACAAUAGCCGAUUUUUAUGGCGGUCUCCAGUUUAUCCCCGGUAAGAACCCAGAUCCUGAUCUCCGCUUGCGCCAGGCUAAACGGCCUCCGGUACACCGUCCUGCCUCUUAUUCCCUACAGCCGUGGAGCCGACCACAGCCAGGUCUUUCACAACUCCGCGGCCACCGCAUCCAUCUGCUCUUCCCGCUUUUCUAAUGUCAGCGACGCUGCAGUGUACCUGGCACUCCAUUCCGUAUAACGGUAUAAGAGAUAACUUUCCACGCUAAGCACAGCGUAAGCAACUCAUCCAGAGCGAAGAACUCCAGAUGUUUGUUCGUGAUACUCUUUAACUUGAUGAUGGAAUCAGCACCUUUACAGAAUAAUUUUCCCGUUUAGUCGCAACGGACAUCGUUUGCAAGCAUAACUGAGAUCAAGAAUCUGCAGGAGCUCAUAGUCUACAAUGCGCUCUUUCUAAUCCGUUCGAUGCGAAUCAAAUUAGACAGGCGGUACAGAAAGUAGUACCCAAAAUACCGGGCCGCGUCGACCAGUGUCUGACCAUCUCCGGUAUUCGAAGAACCGAAAUGCCGCCGAAGACCGCCUGGCGAUCCUGGUCGAAAGCGACAUCUGUUAAUUCGUCGGCAUACGGAUUAUUGGAGAACCCGCAGUGCUGACUGGGGUCACCGUUGUCAUCCAUGAUGUUGUCACAGUACCGACGACCAUUGAUGGUGCAUUUCUUAAAGGUCAUAAUGGCUCGCCGAUAUUUCGCCGACCAUCCCGAGAACGAUGGCUAAGUAAACCCAAAAAACCGAAGAACAUUAGGAACCUGGGAACCUAAGAAUCCUAAAAAACCUGAGAAAACCUCCAGUCCGUUCGCUGAGGGGAACUCGACGCUCCGUCUCUGUUGGAAAACAAUCUGCGUUGUGUUAAUGAUCAAAAUUAAUAAGAUUUAUACCUGGUAAAUUGGUAAAGUUGAUUUAGCUGCAAGUUUGACCUUUGGGGGUAGUGAUCUCUUUUCGGCAAGACAGAGAAGCAAUUG